UGGACUUAUCAAACAUAAAAAAAAAUUGCACAGCUGCCUUUCUUGCUAGGUUUACCCCAUGUUCACGUGAUGUUGCUUAGUGAUCAGUAGUAGUCCUCAUUUUCUUGUUUUUUUGUUCUCUUUCACUCCUCUUCAUCAUUCUCAUUAUUAUUUCUCAUCACUCACACUACUAUUUCUAUAUAAGACCCUCUUUGCACUUCAAACUCUUUACCUCUCUUUCUCUCACUCUCACUCUCUUUAUUAAAACCCAAAAAAAGAGAAAGAGAGAAAACACACACAAUGGAUUCCUCAAAGCUUUCAGCUUUGCUUCUCAUUUCCAUGCUCUUCAUUUCCUCAGCCACUCCCAUUUUGGGAUGCAACUACUGUGGCAAACCCCCUUCAAAAGGAGGUAAAGGAAAAGGAGGAGGAAAAGGUACCCCAGUUAAGCCAUCUCCCAAGGGUCCAAUUUUCCCUCCGGUUAAAGUUCCUCCAGUAACUCCCAUAAUCACACCAGUUGUACCCAAACUCCCUCUCCCACCAGUAACCACUCUCCCACCAGUUGUGCCCAAACUCCCUCUCCCUCCAGUGACCACUCUCCCACCAGUUGUACCCAAACUCCCUCUCCCUCCAGUUAAGGUCCCUCCAGUUACUCCACUACUCCCACCAGUCACACCCCUUCUUCCUCCCAUUCCGGUUAUCGGUGGUGGCGGCAGCCCUCCUUCGAGCCCAGGGAAAGGUGAUAAGCCUUGUCCUCCACCCAAGUCUAGCAGCAGUGAGACUUGUCCCAUUGAUACUUUGAAGCUUGGUGCGUGUGUGGACCUUUUGGGUGGGCUUGUUCAUAUUGGAUUGGGUGACCCUGUUGUGAACCAGUGCUGCCCUGUUCUACAAGGGCUUGUUGAGCUUGAGGCAGCUGUUUGUUUGUGUACCACUUUGAAACUUAAGGUUCUUAACUUGAAUCUAUAUGUUCCUCUUGCUCUUCAGCUCCUUGUCACUUGUGGAAAGACUCCUCCUAAAGGAUUCACUUGCAGUCUCUAGAUUAUUACAAUCUAAGUCUGCAAAUUUGAUUGGUACAGGAUUGGACUCGUCAUGAGAGGAUGUCGAGCUGCCUAUCUCUCUCUCCAAAGAAAAAAAAAAAGAAAUCUCUUUUUUAUUUAUUUUUGUUAAUUAUUAGUAUUUGGUACUGAGGUAUUAUUGUUUGUUUGGUUAAAUUUAAUUAAUCAUCAUGUGCAAAGUACCAUUAUUUGCUUCUCUUUAUUAUUAAUUUAUCAUCAAAUUGUUGCAUGUGUGUUCCUUAAUUUGACAAGGAUUUUAAUCAAUCAAAGAUAUGAUUAUUUC